UUUCAAUUGGAGUCUUGUAGCCCUUACACUGUAGCUCAGAAGAGAAGAGAAGAGAAAAAAAGAGAAGAGCGGUUGAAAGAAGGAAAUCGAGGAUGGGUAAAGAUCUGAGCGAUGAGCAAGUUUCUGCGAUGAAGGAGGCUUUCUCUCUAUUCGACACAGACGGCGACGGUCGGAUCGCGCCUUCGGAGCUCGGGAUCCUGAUGCGGUCACUCGGAGGGAACCCGACCCAGGCUCAACUAAAGUCCAUCGUAGCCGAAGAGAAUCUCACCGCCCCAUUCGACUUCCCCCGAUUCCUUGAUCUCAUGGCCAAACACAUGAAACCCGAACCCUUCGAUCGCCAACUCCGUGACGCCUUCAAGGUCCUCGACAAGGAUUCCACCGGCUUCGUCUCCGUUUCGGAGCUCCGACACAUCCUCACCAACAUCGGCGAGAAGNUGGAGCCCUCCGAGUUCGACGAGUGGAUCAGGGAAGUCGACGUCGGCUCCGAUGGCAAGAUCCGCUACGAGGAUUUCAUUGCCAGAAUGGUCGCUAAGUAGUAGGAAUCUCUUUUAAUUGUUCUUCUCUCUUUUCUCCGUUGUUUCAGUAUUACUGCUUUUCUGUUUACUCUGUCGUGUUUGCUUUUGAGUGGACCGUCGAUUAACCCUGCUGUGCUUAUUUUUAUCGUUUGUGGCUAACCGAGGGUUGUUUUAGGAAACUAUGGCUACUCAAUUUAAUUUGCCCGAUUUGGUUUGGGUUUAUUUGUAUUAUGAGAUCUGAUUUUGAAUUAGUCUAUAUAUGCAUGCUGUAAUUCAGACCAAUAAUUUCUAUAUCUAA